AUAGACUAUAGCGCAGCUUAGCUCACAAGAUUUCAGCCAUGUCCAGGUCAAUGAUGGACCUCGAAGAAGAGCUUUUAAGACUAUGGUCACUCGUAGGCGAGCUUUCAGAACAACUCUCCAACAACAGGGCAUUAGUCGCCCAACUCAAGGCGAGAGCAGAGAAUGUCAAAGGCCAGGCCGUUCACGUCGGUACAGGGUUUCCUUUACGAAGGUUCAAUCUGGAUAUAUCAAACGAGGAAUUCCACAGUGAACUUGAGGCGUUUGGGUCUCAUCUCGUUUUGGAGAACCAGCAGCUACAGCAUGAGAACAAACAGCUUAACGCCUUGCUGAAAGAAUAUGAACAGACGCUAGAGACUGUGAUGAACAAGUUCCGUGGCGUAGCUCACUCUUCGCAACAACAUGAUCUUUCCCUCCAUUCAUAUUAUACCUCUCUUCUGCAAACGCUUCAAACUGCGCAUUCCUCGGCUCAAUUACACGACUCCACCUCUCUUUCUCUCCUACUGAACCGCCUUUCAACCCUUCUUCGUUCAGCCCUGCGCUCAAUGCAAGGCGAAGAACCCGACUCGGAGCUUGACAUCGCUGCUAUCCUUCCUGCCCUUGAGCAAGCCGAGAAGCCUUACUUAAACUCCAACCAUCUUGUUUCCGAAAGUGGACCGUCAGGGACCAACAAAGUUGAUGAUGAAGACCUCCGGGGGCCUUCACCAACCUCCCAACCGACUGGCGUUCAGUCCCAAAAAACUAUUCCCCGUGCACCUGCAAAGCCGACACGCUUCCCCGGAUUCCUUCCUGGUUCCUCGGGGGGCUAUGCUGGCACAGAAGGCAGGUCUGAUUGGGCUUUAGAAAGGGAAAUGGAGAUUUUGCGACUUGAAGAUGAAAAUCGGGCUUUGCGAGAGAUGUUGGGGAUUGCCGAGGAAGGAAAGAUGCCUCAAGACGAGGACGGGGAUGACAAAAAGGCCAAGGUAGAAGACGAGGAAGACAGUCAGAGACGGAAAAGUUCACUGACAAUGGAGGAGUUGGAAGCCGACGCUGCGUUGGAGGCGGAGAGAUCGUCAAUGAUGGCCUCAGGCCUUUAUGAGGCUACUCACGGUGUGGAGGAAGAGCUGGAAGAAACAUCAAAGAGGCCAUUGCUAGCUGGCAGUAUGUUGGGAUUCCAGACAGAUGGUCCUCCACCUGAGCAGGCCAUAGUCGACGAGCUGGAUGGUGAUGGGGAAGGGGUACCACCGAUGCAAUAGAUGAACGAUUAGGUCACAGUGGAAACCCCAUCUGUAUGUAGGCACAUGUAUCAUAGUCAUGCUUUAGGUUCUAGUCCAAUAUACACAACCAUACAUCUUUAAUCUUUCUACAAUUAUGUACUGAUGGCCA